ACCCAACAAAUUAAACAACACCAUCAUCCAUGGCUCAUAUCUUGCUUUACAUUUUCCUCUUUCCGAUCACUUUCCUUUUAGCUCUCAAGUUCUUCCCACGCCAUGUCAAAAACCUCCCACCAACCCCACUUUUUUCCCUUCCCAUAAUAGGCCAUCUCCAUCUCCUCAAACACCCCAUCCACCGGACCCUUCACCAUCUUUCAAACAAGCAUGGCCAUGUCUUCUCUCUCCGAUUCGGCUCCCGUCUUGUCGUCGUCAUAUCAUCUCCUUCCGCCGUCCGUGAAUGCUUCACAAACAACGACAUCGUUCUCGCAAAUCGACCAUUUUUGAACACGGGAAAGCACUUGACGUAUAACUUCACGGUACUAGCCGUUGCCCCUUACGGUGAGCUUUGGCGUACCCUUCGCCGCAUUAGUACUCGUGAGAUUUUCUCAACAACUCGACUUGAUUUGUCCUCGGGAAUCCGACAAGAUGAAGUCAAGCGAUUGUUGUGUAAACUAUGUCGUGACGAUAAUGUUGUUGUCGAGGUUCAACCUAUGAUUAUGGAUCUUACGUCGAAUAUUGUGAUGAGGAUGGUUGCGGGGAAGAGGUACUUUGGAGACGAUGUGUCGGAUGAAGAACAAGCGGAGAGAUUUAGAGAUGUUGUGAAGAGAGUAAUGUUGUAUGCUGGGGCAACAAAUCCAGGAGAUUUCAUACCCUUAUGGAAUUGGAUUGAUCCAAGUGGUUUUGAGAAGAAGAUUAUGAAGGUUGGAGAAGAAGCUGAUGCUAUCUUUAAUGGCUUGAUUGAUGAGAUUAGGAACCAAAAAGGAAGUGGGAAUACGAUGAUUGAUCAUUUGCUUCACUUGCAGGCCACACAAUCUGAAUAUUUCAGUGAUCAAAUUAUCAAAGGCCUCAUACAUGUUAUACUCUUAGCAGGAAUCGACACAACAGCCGUGACAUUAGAAUGGGCACUCUCGCACCUGCUGAACGAUCCAGAGGUGAUAAAGAAAGCGAGAUUCGAGAUAGAGAGUUGCACGGGACAAGACCGUCUAGUCAACGAAGAGGAUUUGUCGAGUUUGAGUUAUAUGCAAGGAAUAAUCUUAGAGACUUUGCGGCUGACCCCAGCAGCUCCUUUGCUUGUGCCACACUGCGCAUCUACGGAUUGUAAAAUCCAAGGCUAUGAUGUACCACGUGACACGAUCGUAUUUGUUAACGCUUGGGCGAUACAUAGAGAUCCAAAUCAUUGGGAAGAUGUCACAAGUUUUAAGCCAGAGAGGCAUGAAAAUGCAAUAGAGUUAUCUGAUUCAUACAAAUUGUUACCAUUCGGGUUGGGGAGGAGAGCGUGCCCCGGUGUAGGAAUGGCUCAACGCAUUGUUGGCUUGACCUUGGCUUCAUUGAUUCAGUGCUUUGAUUGGGAAAGAAUGGAUAGCUCACCGGUUGAUAUGACCGAAGGCCAAGGGAUCACUAUGCCAAAAGCUCAGCCGUUAGUAGCCAAGUGCAAACCACGUCCUAUCACGAGAGCUCUUAUUAGUGAAGCAAUUCACCCUAUUUAGAAUGACUCCAAUCUCUAUUGGUGUUUUACAAGUCUUAAGCAUCAAUGACCGUGUUGAAUGUGGUCUACAAUUGAAAUGUAUCGAAAUAAAUAGAUGAAGCAGAAAGAAUAACGCGAGGGA